AUGUUGAAUACGUCUUCUUCACCAUCUACACCUUCCGUGGUGUUGCAACCAGGCCAAUCCCAUGAAAACGACAAGGCCGAGGUUGUUCUAUUACAUGAGCCUGGUUUGGAAGCCUUGUUAGGCUCUCUUCAUGCCUCAGGCUCGCUUUUUGAAAAACCAGUAAAUUUGCAUAUGGCAAGAAAGAAUCAUCAAGGAUUCAAAGAAGCUCUCCGAAGACAUGGAGUGAAAGUGAUGGAUGUGAGAGAUAUUUUAGCAAUGAAUUGUGAGCACUCUUUGAAAUGCCGAGUUGAAUUGGAGGAAUUAGCAUUGAAAUGCAUGAAAUAUGUUUGCAGUGAUGGAAAUGAUGACGAUGACCAAUCCACGACUGAGUUUGAGGACUUGACUCAAGUUCAAAAGUAUCUUUUAACAGAUGAUUACAAACGUGAAUGUCUAUCAACAAUGGGAGUUAAAGAUUUGAUUGACAUCAUUCUAUUAGGCCCAACUGUGCGUCUCGUUCCAUCUUCCAUUAACACUCCAAUGCGUUUGGAAAGACUUGGUAUGAGACCACUCCUCAACUUGACUUUCACACGUGACCAACAAAUUGUUACCAAUAGAGGACUUGUCAUUUGUCGUAUGGGAAGCUGGCAAAGACAUCAAGAAACAAAAAUUUUGAAAUUCUGCUUUGAAAAACUAGGUUAUGAAAUUUUGGGUGAAAUUCAAGAGCCUGGUAUCAUUGAAGGAGGUGAUUUUUUAGUUGGAGGUUCAGACAUUUGUUAUAUUGGUGAGGGUUUGAGAACCAAUCCUGAUGCUAUUCGUCAAAUGUUGGACAAUGAUUGGUUUGGAACGCGACGUGUUGCCGUUGUGCACGAUUAUUUUGACUGUGACCAACAAAGAAUGCACUUGGACACAUUCUUUAACAUUUGUUCGCACAAUUGCUGCGUCAUGCUCGAAACAGUAAUGGGAGAAGAAUCACCAAUUAGAAGAGUUGUUACUGAAUACACCAAGAAUGGAAAUGGCAAAUAUGAAGUCACUCGUUUCAAUGUGGAAUUCUCUAAAUUUAUCAGAGAAGAGGGUUAUCACAUCAUUCCAGUGACUGAAAAACAACAAGAACAAUAUGGUAUCAACUUUUUGAAUAUUGGAGGUGGAGUAUGCAUUACCAUGGAUGAAUCAACAAGUAGAAAAAUGUUGCAACAUCCACACUUUGAUGGAGAAAUUGAUCUCAUUGAUUACUCUGGUAUGACCACCAUGUACGGCUCUUUGCACUGCUCUUCUCAAGUGAUUCAAAGAAAAAAGCUUGCUGUCAACGAGUUCAGAAACACACCUUUGAAAAUUCAGUCACAACCAUACAUGACUCAAUGUAGAGAGUUUGAAAAUCAGUCCUCCAACAAUGUUUUGAUUGUUGUACCAAGUUAUCAUGCUGUUCACACCAAUGUUACUAAGGCUCUUUCAGCUGCCAAGCAUGAGCUCAUCUCAUCCAAUGACAUUAGCAGAAUUAAGGAACAACAUAGACACAUCCUUGCUGACAUCCACAGACAAUUGAUCAAGCAUGGAGUGAAUAGCAUUGUUUUCACUCAAAGACCAGAUAUUCCUGGUGAUUCUACUGCUCACUUCCCAACUCACAACAUUUCAUCGCAUGCCAACAAUAUCAUCCUUUAUUAUAAGGAGGCUGAACGUUCCGAUAGAAUGGAUAAAUUGGCCAAGAAUUUGAACAUGUUCUACAGAGAAAAAGCAACGAUUCAAAAGAACGUUGAGGAUCAAACUACGUUGGACUUUAUCCAAGGAACUGCAAGUUUAGUCUUUGAUAGAAUUCACAAGAGAGCAUUCUAUGUCAUUUCAAUGAGCACUAUUGACACUUCAAAGAUUGAAGAGUUUGUCAAGUCAUUGGGCUACAAGGAAUUUAUUCCAUUCGCCAAAGAACGAUUCACUAAGGGAACUCUUGAUAUUUUGGAUUAUACCAAUUCGCAUCUCUUCAUUGGUACCAAAUUUGUGGUCAUGUGCCGAGACGAAUUUGAAAAUGAGGAUGAUUAUCAAUUAUUACAAAGUUAUUUCACAGACAGAGUUGUCAUUUCCAUUUCCAAAGAACAACGUAUGUGCAAUUGCAUCAAUGGCCUCAUUGAACUUAAAAGCAAUGAUGGAAGACUUGUUUUAUUUGCUUCUAAAUUGGCUAUGAAUGUCUUUAAAGAUGAGCAAAUUGAAAAGAUUAGAUCUUGUGUUGAUGAAAUUGCAGUUGUUGAGUUGAAUAUUCUGGAAUCCAAGUACCACGUGUCGUUGAACAACCUCAUUGCCCCACUCUUUUUUGAAUAG